AUGGCUGUUGGAGCGCGCCUCACAGCACCGUACGGGAACAAUUUUGACCCCAGUCAUAGAUUUGCGACAUCAUGGAUCUUGCCUCCAGUGGUUCUGUUCUUUUUUCGAGCGCUGCUGGCGCUCUAUGCUUUCGUCACAUUGUUCACCAUCUUUGGCUGGAAUGGGAGCCACGGGAUGGCUGACGCGUCACAGCGCUCGUUCUCCUUCUUCACCGUCCUAACUUAUUGGGGUCUCGCUUUCUACUACACUUUCGCCGCCAUUCAUACCGGAAGCUAUUGUUUCACUGGAGUUCCUUUCCUUGCUCGAUGGCCAAAAGCGCUCCAGAUCGCACAUAGCAUGUUCUAUUCCACUAUCGUGGUCUAUCCGUUCAUUGUUACUAUUGUAUAUUGGGGCAUACUUGCUCCAAGCCACUUUCCAUCUACAUUCUCAAUCUGGUCAAACGCUUCUCAGCAUGCUCUCAAUUCCGUCUAUGCGUUGUUUGAGAUUGUCUUCCCUAGAACGUCACCAUUGCCUUGGCUCGAUAUCAUUCCGAUCAUCAUUCUUCUAGCACUGUAUCUCGGCCUCGCAUAUCUUACGCACGCAACUCAAGGUUUCUACGUUUACGGCUUCUUGGACCUGCAAGCGCAUUCUUCCGGUAUCGUUGCUGCUUACAUCAUUGGCAUUCUGGUCGCUGCUAUCAUCAUCUUCCUGAUUGUUCGCUAUCUCAUCAUGCUACGCGUCUGGGUGACCGAGAAGAAGCUCGGGAAGGCAGGGAAAUUCGUCCCUCAUGGAGCAGGACGUGUGAACGAGGAGCUAGAGAAAGGCAUUCCGAUGAACGGAAUCGGUAUGAAAUGA